AUGCAGCGCGAUACUAAGCGACGCACGCGACUGGUAGAUGCAGAUGACGAAGACACAAUAGAGUUCACAACGUCUAAAGACAUCACCGUUUAUCCCACGUUUGAGGCCAUGGGGCUCAAAGAAGAUUUAUUACGAGGAAUUUAUUCAUAUGGUUUCGAAAAGCCUUCGGCAAUCCAGCAACGUGCUAUCAAACCCGCUAUUCAAGGUCGUGAUUUAAUCGCUCAGUCACAGUCAGGGACAGGCAAGACAGCCGUCUUUUCCAUCUCGAUUUUGCAGUCGCUGGAUACAUCCAGCAAUGAAACACAGGCACUUGUGAUUUCUCCCACUCGUGAAUUAGCUGAGCAGACACAAAAGGUAGUACUGGCACUUGGGGAUUUUAUGAAUGUUCAAUGCCACGCUUGUAUUGGUGGAAAGAGCGUAGGCGAAGACAUUCGCCGUCUCGAUUUUGGUGUUCAGGUGGUUUCUGGUACACCUGGUCGAAUCUUUGACAUGAUUCGUCGACGCAACUUGCGUACACGCAAUAUUAAGCUGCUGGUAAUUGAUGAAGCAGACGAGAUGCUAAAUAAAGGAUUUAAGGAGCAAAUUUACGACAUUUACCGGUAUUUACCUCCAUCUACUCAGGUACUUUUGGUAUCCGCCACGAUGCCGCAAGAAGUUCUCGACUUGACUCGCAAGUUCAUGAAUGAACCAGUAAAGGUGCUUGUGAAGCGUGAUGAGCUCACACUUGAAGGUAUCAAGCAAUUCUUUGUGGCAGUUGAGAAGGAAGAGUGGAAAUUUGACACGCUUUGUGAUCUCUACGAUACGUUGACGAUCACCCAAGCCGUAAUUUUCUGCAAUACGAAGCGUAAAGUGGAUUGGCUUACCUCUAAGAUGCGCGAGGCGAACUUUACUGUAGCUGCCAUGCACGGUGACAUGCCACAGAAAGAGCGAGACGCUAUUAUGCAGGAAUUUCGUUCCGGUGGCUCGCGUGUGCUCAUUACGACGGAUGUUUGGGGUCGUGGACUUGACGUUCAACAAGUUUCUCUGGUAAUAUGCUAUGAUUUACCAAACAACCGCGAGCUGUACAUUCAUCGCAUUGGUCGUUCUGGACGAUUUGGACGCAAGGGUGUUGCCAUUAACUUUGUAAAGGAUGAUGAUAUUCGUAUCUUGCGCGACAUUGAACAGUACUAUAGCACUCAAAUUGAUGAGAUGCCCAUGAACGUGGCUGAUCUCAUUUAA